AAGGGACCUGGGCAACCGGGAGUGCGUCCCUAACAACGCGCCAGAAGAGCUAGUGUUGCCCUCGGUGUAUUGCUGGUCUCUCUCCCACUACAACUUGGGCUACAGAAGAAACCUAUUGUGGUUCCUCGGGUUCUCCAGAGUCUACAUGGCGGGCGCUCACAAGGAGGAACGGAUAAAGAGAAAAGUCUGAAUGAUUAAUCUGCCUCCCAAGCCAAGUUCCCAAAUUGGAUGCAAAUAUUGAGCUAAGAGCCCGCUCCUGCGGCCCAUCCACCUUGCCCUGCUUGUGAAAAUUCCUUCCACAUGCUGCUCUGAUGAGACUGAACGUGUAAAGCUGGGCUUCCAGAAAGAAAAACGCUAAGGGUGUUAUGCCUGCGACCACUGGGGAAGCUGAGAGGAAGACUGCAUGCGUUGGAAGCUAGCCUGGGCUACAUACCAAAAACCCUGUCUCAAAAAAAAAAAAAAAAAAAAAAAAAAAAAAAAGAAAAAAAUGCUGGAGAGAUGGCUCAGCGGGUAAGAGCACUGACUGCUCUUCUGAAGGUAGAACCACCCAUAAUGAGACCUGACGCCCUCUUCUGAUGCGUCUGAAGUCAGCUACAGUGUAUUUAUUUAUAAUAAUAAAUAAGCGAGUUGAUUGGAGUUGCUUGGAGCAGGGCUGCACCCUGCAUAACAACCACAUAAAGGCUCACAACCAUCUGUACAGCUGCAGUGUAUGCACAUACAUAAAAAGAAAGAGAAACAAAACAAAAGCAAAACAACAACAAAGUGGCUUAGCAGGACAGGGUAAAACAGAAACAGAAGGGACAGCAGGUUAUGCUCCUCUGCCUGCUCUGAGGAUGAAGAUUCCACACCCAUAAGUGGAUGCAGCAGGAGAGAAAGAUUGCUCAGUGGUGGGGAUCUGAGGCUCCUAGCAAUGAGACUCCCCUGUUUGCUAACCCAACCUCCCAGUGUCCCCUCUCCCAGAUUCUUGAAGAAUGGCCCGCUGGAAGAACAACACCGGAUCCUUGUGAGCAUUCUAACAGUGGCUUAUUUGUAGUAAAUCUUAACAAAAGUCCAACAUAGCCGCCACGCUGUUUGCUGUCAGUGAACUUUAAGGCGAGCCCCACUCGCCUGGGAAACUCAAAAGCAGCACCUAGAAGCACCUGAGCACAGUUAGGUCAGCUGUCGAAUGCUGUCAGCCGAGAGCUCAGAUUGUCAGCCGGAACAUACACAGGUGGACUCCGGGUAGCCUGUUUUUUACGGGAGCCUUCCAAGAAAGCUGGAUUUCUUUCCUAAAGACCUAGCCUUGGGAGUUGCACUGUCUCACAUCUCCCACACUCUACUAGCCAGUGCAGUCACAGGCUCCAACAGCACUGCAGCUAAAAGAUCCUGAUGGUACGGUUCUGGAAGAAAUGGUUCCAGCAGUUUUGGCUUGUUUGUUGAGGCGGAGUCCAUGUAGCCAAGGCUGACCUCAAAGCCAGACCAUCAGCAAGAUCAGAGAUGAACAUGAACUGCUCCUCCUGCCUCCACCUGUGAAGCAUUUGGGACAGGUGUGUAGCACCAUGAUUGGCUCCCUGACAUUUUAACUGCUUUACUAUUUUGGAAAGCACAGCCUGCUAAUGUCCCAGGCUCCUCAUGUCGCUGGCGCCCCACAAAAGCCCGAGGUUGUGAUGGAUAGAUGGACCGCAGCCAGCGCGCAGCUCAGUGCGCAGGAGCCAGGGAAGCUAGCUGAAGUCGGAGAGAUCGUUAAGGACGUCAAGGUACCACAGGCUGCCCUGAAUGUUUCAGCUCAUGAGACAGGGGACAUGUGCCGUACACCUGUGGCAGAGGAGGAGGAGGAGGUUGGCAUCCCAAUACCAGCACCAGGGUUCCUGCAGGUCACAGAGAGGAGGCAGCCUCUGAGCAGCGUCUCCUCUCUGGAGGUCCACUUCGAUCUCCUGGACCUCACUGAGCUGACGGACAUGUCUGACCAGGAGUUGGCCGAGGUCUUUGCGGACUCCGAUGACGAAAACCUUGCCACUGAGUCACCAGCAGGUCUGCACCCACUAUCUCGAGCCAGCUGCCUACGUUCACCAUCCUGGACGAAAACAAGGGCGGAGCAGAACCGUGAGAAACAGCCCCCCAGUGACCCAGAGCGGCAAGGGACAAUUGUGGACACAUUCCUCACUGUGGAGGAGCCCAAGGAAGAUUAGCCAGUCUCCUCCUGCUCCGGAGUUGCUGAAGGGCUGGCGGACUACCGUAAUGGCACCAUAGGACAGCACUGGCACAGAGGCCCUCUGCCAACUCCAAGACUCCAGCCAUCGCCCCUGACAAUGUGUCAAAGUCCGGGUGCCAGGCUUAGGCCCUUGGGUGCUCUAGCACAAGCACAGCCCAGUGGCCUUCGGUCCAGCUGGUUCCUGGUCCCUGAAUCAGGGACGACACUGAUGGAGUCUCUGCCUUGGGAUGAGAGAAGGAACAGACAGCAGUGGUCUGGGUCUUGUCAAAACUUGUCUCUAGGACAAGACUUUCUGUCUCUUGUGAUUCCAAACAGGUUCAAAGGGAUCCAAGCCCAUGAGCUGCCCAGGAACACAUAGGGGUUUAUUUAUCGCCAACAUCAGUGAGCUCAAAAGCCCAAAGUACAUUUGGUGGCAGGUCAAGGGCUGGCUCUGCUGUCAAGCCAAGUGGCAGUGGUAGGUGUUACUUCCCUAAGAUUUCCACCUUGACUGAAAAUUUUACACCCUUCCUCUGCCCUGGGCAGGCACCACUGUUUGUAGUCUCUGCCCCAGGGCCGCUUGGCUUGUCCUAUGGGUGUGACAGUUCAAAGGCUGAAAAGCUACCCCAGGUCUUCUUUAGUUCAGAACAUCCAACCUCAGUGAAGACUUCCAGGUGGCUCGGAAGGACAGAGUGCCACCUCCCCAGUCCUGUGUCUGUCAGAGGCGCACACUGUGUAUCCUCCACACCCCAUUGCCUGACCGCCCACACAUCCUGCCCAAUGUUCGGUUGGGAGGCUCCGACACUGUGGAUCUGUCUCGGGAGCAGCUGAGGGGUGACGGGAACAACCUAGCCACCCACUGUGCUGUGAGAUGCUAGGCACUCGGUUUAGAGAUUCAACGUUCCUUUCAUGUGCACAAAGACAAACACACUGGCUGCUCUGACCACAAAUCAAAGACUGUUUUGAAAUAAAAGUGUACUUGCUUUUUGUCCCCA